UCCACUUUCGAGCAUGGCACGAUUCUGGCAUAAGCUCUGACAGUUAUUUAUUUAUUUUUCUUAUUCUACUCUAGGCAAUGGCAAGCUUUGGAGCAGUAGUAUUUACUUCUUAGUACCAAUCUAUUGCAGCUCUGAGUUGUCUGAUCACGAUUUGACCAUGGAGGAAGUGGAAACAGCGGAAGAAUUGUUGGUGAAACAACAUCGCAAGGAAAAGAAAGACCUGCAAGCUAAAAUACAGAGUAUGAAAAAUGCUGUACCUAAAAAUGACAAGAAAAGGAGGAAGCAGCUAACUGAAGACAUUGCUAAAUUAGAAGCCGAGCUCAAUCAAAAACACGAGAACGAACUCCAACACCUUCAGAAUUCUAACGCUGCAGACAAGGUUGAUGAGGUUGCGGAUGCGGUCGAUUCCAUGAAUCUGGCUGGUCGAGAGGAAACGGAGGUUAAACAGGGCCGAAUAUCUAAGGCACAGAAGAGACGAGACAAGAAGGCUGCCCAGGAGAGGGAGAGAGAGAAUCGCAUUGCGGAGGCCGAGGUAGAGAACCUGUCAGGCUCUAGGCACCAGGAGGAUCUAAAACUGAGGAAAAAGCUGGCAGAGAUGCACUUGCAGAUCCGAGAGAUCUGCUCAGAUGGCCACUGCAUGUAUCGCGCUGUGGAGCACCAGCUGAUGGAUCGCAGCGGAUCCCUCGGGAUCAGGGAGCUCCGUGCUCAAACAGCCCAGUAUAUGCGGAACCACUCAGAUGACUUCCUGCCCUUCCUCACCAACCCCAACACCGGAAACAUGUGCACUGCAGAUGAAUUUGAAAAGUACUGCAAUGAUGUUGCAGAAACAGCUGCUUGGGGUGGACAAUUAGAGUUAAGAGCUCUUACACAUGUCCUCCAGUUACCAAUAGAGGUUAUUCAAGCUGAUUCACCUACUAUUACUAUUGGUGAAGAAUAUGCUAAACCACCAGUAAUGCUCAUUUAUAUGAGACAUGCAUAUGGACUGGGGGAGCACUACAAUUCUGUGCAAACACUGAGAGAUACUGCAAGUGAAGAUCAAGAGUGAAUUAAUGACAAUUAGUGACACAAAUUCUGCAAAUUUGUCUAUACUGUACAUUGUCUUACUUUUAGACAGUGGCAAAAAACAAAAACUUUCAGAUAAUGAACACACAAAUACUAAAUCAGCAAUGAGACUUGGAGGGGAAGAAGUAGUGAUGAGUGUCAACAGUUUUCAGCAAUAUAUAUCAUAAUUAUUGUUAUAAUAUUCUCAGCAUAUUGUAAUUAUAGCCAAGUACCUGCCAGCUUUCUUGGCGUAGGAGGCUACAUAGUAACAGUGAUAUUGUAUUAAAGUAAAAAUAACUUUUUAAUAA